UCUGUAGUUGGAAAUCCUAAGCCUGCUGUUGCUUGGUAUAAAAACGAGAUGCUACUACGUGGUACUGAUGACGCUGAUGGUGUGGAGUUGAGAGAUAAUAACAGACGGCUAUUAUUCAAGCAUGCAAAACCCAUACAUGCAGGAGAGUACACAUGUGAAGCUGUUAAUGUGGUAACUGAUUUGUUUUGGGAAAGGACGGUGACAGUACGGACAUCGUGUCACAUGACAGUAUUAGUCCCACCACUUGUUUCUCUCAACACAUCUAAGGUUGUGCUGAAAAAGGGUGAUGCAGUCUCUUUCUACUGCCAAGCUACAGGCAUUCCCACUCCACAUAUCCAGUGGCUGAAAAUAGGCUCAGAAACUUUGCCUAACAGAUCAGUGACGACAUCAACCACAAGCAAUGAUGCAGCAAGUGGUAGCAUAUUGCAUAUCACCAGCACCUCGCCAGCAGACAGUGGCGAGUUUGUGUGUGAAGCUGCUAAUAAAGUUGGGGUUGAUAAUACAAGCACCGAGUUGGAUGUGCAAUAUGCUCCUGUUAUUGUAGUAUUUCCUUCAGACAAAACUGUUAUAUCAAAAGAGUCAGUGAAAUGGCAUUGUAAGGCUGAAGCAAAUCCGGCAGCAGUGAUAAGAUGGAUGAAGAAUGGAAUUAGGGUGGGAAAUUCACCCAAUAUAAAACUAUCAGAUGAUGCUAACACAAUAGAGUUCCAAAGUGUGGAACGUCAAGAUGCUGGUGAAUAUACAUGCAGGGCGAAAAACAAAAUAGGGAAGAGUACAGUCUCUGCAACACUGGAGGUUUAUGUUAGGGCCAAAAUUCGGUCAGUUGUCAGUGUUGUGCAAGGGUUGGUGGAUAAUUAUGUUUUGCUGCCUUGUGUGGUUCAUGGCUAUCCAGCACCUCAAGUGGUGUGGGAAAGACGCGGCCACUCUGUUGCUGUCUUGCCUUCCCAUCAGAUUCUCUCUAAUGGAACACUACGGAUCAAUAACCUGAAACGAUCCAAUAGUGGUUCGUAUAAAUGUGUAGCCUCCAAUGUUGUAGGAACCGACAAAAAGAGCGUCCAUCUUGAUGUUCAUUACGGUCCCGUCAUAUUAACCGCUCCUGUUGAUAUUGAGGCUCUAGUUGGUUCUACUGUUUCAUUUCUAUGUGUCUCAGAUGCUAAUCCAAAAGCGAACAUGGCUUGGUCUGUGGCACAUGGUGGUGUUGUGUCCGACAACGGUACUGUACUUACUCUAAACAACGUACAACCAAGAAAUGCUGUUAAGUAUACGUGUACCGCCACCAACACGGUCUGGAAUUUGGACAGAUGGGUCAAUUUGUCAGUGAGUGCAUCUGCACAUCUACGUGUCAUAGUUCCACCUCAAGUGAGAACAAACAAAUCAGUUGUGGUGCUGAAGGAACGCUCUGUAGAGCUACAGUGUGUGGCUACUGGCAUUCCGGUACCUUCUGUUAUUUGGCUCAAAGACGACAAACAAGUUGGCUUCAGCAGGAAGCUUGAGAUAAUAUCAGCUGGUUUAGAGGAUGAAGGGCAAUAUGUAUGUAUUGCUGAAAACAAAGGCGGUCGUGCUAACUCGACCGUUACAGUAGACGUUCAUUUUGCUCCAUCUUUGCGUGAACUCCUUCGCCAUGAACGGAUUUUGGUAGACAAGGAAGUCUCAUGGCGUUGUCGAGCAACUGCCGAUCCUCCUGCAGCCAUCAGUUGGGAAAAGGAUGGUGUAGUUGUUAUAGAGAGUGACAGACUGUCUUUGUCUCAUGAUGAAGAUGGCAGCGAACUGACGGUAGUGCGUCUUCGCCCCGAGGACGCAGGACAGUACACGUGUGUUGCGCUCAACUACGUCGGGAAAGUGAACAGUUCGGCACAUCUUCUCGUAAUCGUGCCUCCCGUUAUCACGACUUCUGUCACACGAGUGGAAGGACUCGUUGACAGCACGUUGCUUUUACCUUGUUCUUCACAUGGAAUACCUGUGCCGUUUAUACAAUGGUACCGUGGGAAAGAUUCGCUGAAUGAGGUCGAUCCGUCUAAAUAUGUUAUUCAUCCGAACGGAUCGCUGCAAAUCAACGAUCUGUCUUUGAAUGAUGAGGAUGUGUAUACUUGUCAGGCAUCGAAUGAAGGCGGUCGUGACAGUUUGUCCAUUACUACAGUCAUUCACUUUGCUCCUCGUAUUGUGAAAGAAAUCAAAGAUCGUGAAGUUGUAAUGGGACAGAAUGUUUCAUUUGACUGUUUGGUGUCUGGCAAUCCUCAGCCCAUUGUGCGCUGGUUUCAUGACGAGAUAGCAGUGUCAAGCCACAUGUCACGUUUUCGGGUAAAUAGCGAGGACAAUAAAUUACAGAUUUAUCACGUUCAACCCGAGGAUGCCGGAAUCAUUACAUGUGAAGCGGAGAAUAACGUUACAGACGGAUAUAGAAAAAAGACAUUGAAAGCACAGUCAUCUGCUCUCUUGACUGUAAUAGUGCCGCCACAAGUUACGAGCAAUAUGUCAACGGUUGUGGCGAAGAAAGGCGACUUGGUGUCUCUAUAUUGUCAAGCGGUGGGAAUUCCCGCUCCAGUUAUUGAUUGGUUUAAAGGGAGGGAUGAAGUGAGACACACAAACAGUUGGGCAGUACCGUCUGUAGGUGGUCGUAUCAUCACACUGAGUGCAGUGAGUCUGGUAAAUGUGGAGGUAGCCGGCGCCGGGGAGUAUGUGUGUAGAGCUACUAACAAGGGCGGACGCUCCAAUACGACUGUAUCACUGGACGUUCAGUUCUCUCCUGUAUUUGUGACUGCUCCCUUCAACCAAACGGUUAUCGUUCCGUUCACUGUGAAAUGGCGCUGUGUGGUAGCAGCGAACCCUACGGCCAGCAUAACGUGGAGAAAGGAUGGAAAUCGGUUGGGCACUAGAGGCAAUGUAGUUAUAGUUACGUCUGACGACGGUAGUGAGUUGGUAUUGACCAAUGUGAGUCGCCGUGAUGCCGGCGCAUACGUAUGCAGAGCGAGAAAUAACGUGGGAAGGAGUACCGUUUCUGCAACGCUAGAAGUACACGUGAGAGCUAGAAUAGUGUCUGAUGUGAAGUUAGUGGAAGGACUAGAAGACAGAUGGGCUUUGCUACCGUGUGCCACACAAGGUUACCCGUCACCUCGAGUAGACUGGCAGAGAGAAGGUGUCCCAGGUGUGUCUGUCAUCGACCAUCCUCGAUAUCGUCUUCUUUCCAAUGGAACGCUGCGAAUUGACAAGCUGAAUCAGUCUGACAGCGCAGUGUACCAUUGUCUCACUUCAAAUGUUGCCGGAUCGGACAGAAAAUCUAUUCAAUUUGACGUUCAUUUUCCUCCGUUUAUUGUGACUUCUCCAUUGACAAGAGAGGUUAUGGUCAACUCGACGGUAACAUUUGUGUGCGAGGUCAUUGGCAAUCCGAAGCCGUUGAUCAGUUGGUUUAAAGAUGAAGUGGCUGUGAAUGACGAAUUCGUUUCGGAAAACGGCACCGUGUUGACUGUGAGAAAUGCUCGACCACAAGACGCAGUGAAUUACAGGUGUAGCGUCACUAAUACCGUUCGAGACUUGGGCAAAUUCAUUCCAUUGUCUGUAAGCGCCUCUGCACAGUUGCUUGUCAUUGUUCCUCCACGAGCUCAAACCAAAGCAUCAAUUGUUGUGAUAAAAGGUGGCAUGGCACGGUUGGAGUGUCUAGUUACUGGCAUUCCACUUCCCUCUGUUCACUGGAUAAGGGACGGAGAAGAGAUGGUGUUGGAUGGGAAGCGUGAACGGCUGGAGAUAGAGUCGGCCAGUUUACUAGAUGAAGGUCGCUACGAUUGUAUUGCUGUAAACAAAGGAGGUCGAGCAACGUCGAGUGUGACCGUAGAUGUCCACUUCGGUCCAUCUGUGAGUGUGACUCCACAAGAGGGAAGGAUUCUAAUGGGAGGAAACAUCACGUUUGUAUGCAAAGUAACAAGUGAUCCUUUGGCUGUAAUCAGAUGGGAAAAAGACAACGUCCAAGUGAAAAACAGUGACGACAGUGAGUUGACGAUUGUCAAUCUACAUCCCGAUGAUACGGGACAGUACACUUGCUUCGCAUCCAACUAUUUGGAUAAAGCAAACGCAUCAGCUGUUCUUCUUGUUAUUGUUCCUUCUUAUAUUACAAGUAGUGUUAAUAGAGUGGAAGGAUUUGUUGGAGGGAAGGUGCUGUUACCUUGUAGUUCGAUCGGAACUCCCCAACCUGUUAUACAGUGGUACCGCCGAGGUACAUCUGUCAUCAAAUCGGAUUCAUCCAAGUAUAUCAUUCAUACCAACGGCACGCUGCAAGUCGGCAAUCUUACUUUAUUGGAUGGAGAUUCAUAUGUUUGUCAUGCAUCCAAUGAGGGUGGCAGCGAUACUCUCGCCAUCAUUCUAGAGAUUCACUUCGCUCCUCGUAUCGUCACCGCUCCGCAAGACCAAGAAGUUCUCAUCGAUAAAACCACUUCGUUCGGCUGCUCCGUGUCAGGAAAUCCUCAUCCGACCGUGCGCUGGUAUCACAAUUACCUCCCAGUGACGACAGACACGUCACGUGUGCACAUCAGUGACAACGGUACCUUACUAACAGUGCAGAGAGCACAGCCAGAGGAUGCCGGACGCUUUACGUGUGAAGCAGAGAAUACUGUUACGGACUGGACGAGGAAGAUAACAUUAAACGUGCAGUCGUCUGCUGUCCUCACAGUAAUAGUGCCGUCACAAGUUACGAGCAAUACGUCUGCCAUGGUCGUCAAGAAGGGCGACUCAGUGUCUCUGUUCUGUCAAGCGGUUGGAAUUCCGGCUCCUGCUAUUGAAUGGUUUCACGAAAUCGAGCAAGUGAGUGAGACCAACGAGUGGACAACAGAAUCUGUGGCCGGUCGUAUUAUUACAUUAAGCGAAGUACGCACGGUGAACGUGGACGUAUCCGACGCUGGGAAGUAUAUGUGCAAGGCGAGUAACAAGGGAGGUCAAUCCAAUACAACUAUAUCUCUAGAUGUUCAAUUUUCUCCUGUCUUUGUGGUUGCUCCAUCUGACCAAACCGUUAUUGCACCUUCCAAUGUGAAAUGGCGUUGUGUCGUAAGAGCAAAUCCUCCAGCCACCAUAGUGUGGAGAAAGGAUGGAAAGCGGAUUGCAGAGGGCUCCAAUGUCGAUGUCGUUGAAACCGACGACGGUAGUGAGUUGAUGUUGGCAAACGUGAGCCGCCAAAAUGCUGGCGAAUACGAGUGCAGAGCGAAGAAUAGUGUGGGAAAGAGUAGCGCUACUGCGACAUUAGAAGUAUAUGUGAGGGCUAGGAUAGUGUCUGAUGUGAAGUUUGUGGAAGGACUGAAAGACAGUUGGGCUUUGCUAGCGUGCGUCACCACCGGUUAUCCAACACCUCAAGUAGACUGGUUGCGAGGGGGCGUGUCUGUUAGUAACGGGACUCGAUACCGCAUACUUUCCAAUGGAACUCUGCGGAUUGACAAGCUGAAGCAGUCGGAUAGCGCGACUUACCGCUGUGUGACCUCGAACGUAGCUGGAUCAGACAGGAAGGAUGUUGAAUUGGAUGUUCAUUACGGUCCGGUUUUCGUCACUUCUCCUCUUACGAGAGAGGUUAUGGUGAAUUCUAUUGCUGUAUUUACGUGUGAGGUCGAUGGCAAUCCUAGACCCAGCAUUAGGUGGCGUAAAGAUGGAGUGGCAGUAGAUGAUGAUCUCAUCGCUAAGAACGGUACCGUACUUACGGUGACAAACGCACAACCAAAAGAUGCGGUCAACUACACGUGUUUGGCUACAAAUUCUGUUCGAGACUUGGGGAGAGAGAUUCAUUUGUCCGCUAGUGCUACUGCACGUCUCUAUGUCAUAGUUCCACCAACCGUUUCGACAGAGUCGUUAGUCAUUGUAGUAAGAGGCGAGUCUGCAACACUUGACUGUACGGUCAGUGGUAUUCCGGCACCUUCAGUUCAAUGGAUAAGAAACAAGAAGAAAAUCUCUUCAGAAAGGAAUGUGACCAUAGAAUCUGCUGAUCUAGAAGACGAAGGUCAGUACGUCUGUAUUGGUGAAAACAAGGGCGGACGUGCAAACUCUACCAUCACUGUCGAUAUUCACUUUGCUCCUUUGUUAAGUGUGAUUCCCGAUAAUAGAAGGAUAACAGUGGGGAGGAACAUCAGUUGGCGUUGCAAGGCAAACGCUGAUCCACCGGCAAGCUUCAAAUGGCAGAAGGGCGGAAUCGAUGUGGCCGAGAGCGAUCGCAUCUCGAUUAGUCGGGACGGGAGUGAAUUAAGUAUUGAUACUUUACAUCCUGACGAUGCCGGACUUUAUACAUGUUUUGCUAUCAACUAUUUGGGAAACGAUAAAGCAUCUGCACAACUCGUCGUCAUCGUUCCUCCCGUAAUCAAAUCGUCAGCAUACAUGGAAGGCUUGAAUGACAGUGCCGUGUUGCUGCCUUGUAGUGCUAGAGGGAUUCCUCGUCCUACGAUCUCGUGGUCGAAAGACAACACGACCAAUUCUCUAAUCAGCUCACGACAUCAAAUACUCUCAAACGGAUUUCUUAUAAUAAACGAUUUGAAAUUGUUGGAUGCGGGAGUGUAUCGAUGUGAAGCGAGCAAUGAAGGCGGAACGCGUGCCGUCGACGUUAUUCUCAAUGUUCACUAUGCUCCGUAUUUCACUUCCGUUCCGAGUAAUGUAGAAAUACUCGUCAACAGAACCGCUUCAUUCACUUGCUUAUCUAGGGGUAACCCGCUUCCUACGAUAACGUGGUACAAAGACAGAGUGGCUUUGGACGAGUUUCAUUCUAAUAUCGAAAUAAGACGAAAUGGAGAUGGAUCGUUGCUCGUCAUAAAAGCGGCACAACCGAGCGACGCUGGUAGUUACCGUUGCGUUGCCGUCAAUAACGUGACGGAUGUCGGACGUCAGUACGUCAUGUCGCAAGACGCGUCGGCAUCUCUAUCUGUAGUGGUUCCUCCUACAGUUACAACGAUGAGUUCGCGCGUUAUAUCUCUUUUAAGAGGAAAAGCAUCUCUAGCGUGCGAUUCUAGUGGCAUUCCUUCUCCUACUGUUGUUUGGUUCAAAGACAAUCAUUUUCUAGACAAUAAAACGGACCCUAGACGGUCGGUUAUUGACGGUCUAGUGGAGAUCUUGUCCGCACAGCUAGACGAUAUCGGUGAGUACGUUUGCGUAGCCACAAACAAAGGGGGAAACUCGAGUGUGACAAUCGCACUAGACGUGCACUUUGCUCCAACUCUCGACUCACCGUUAAGUGAUCAGGAUGUGAUGGUGUCUUCUCUUGUUCUAUUUCGCUGUCUUGUCUUUGCCAAUCCGUCGCCGAUCGUCGAAUGGCAUCACAACGAAUUUCUAUUACAGAACAGUUCCAAUGUUGCCACGUAUUCGAUCGAGUCUACUUAUUAUCUGCGAAUAACAAACGUGCGAGCCGACCAGUCCGGUCAAUACUCGUGUACAGCAAAAAACUAUGUGGGACACAUCACUUCGUCUGCCCGCUUGUUCGUUAUAGUUCCAGCCAACAUCGUAUUUGUUUCCACUCUGGUUAACGGUUUGUUGUCUAAGAGUGUAUUGUUAUCAUGUGUUUCUGACGGUAUUCCUACUCCUACUGUUGAAUGGAAGAAAGGCGAUCGUAUAUAUAGUUGGAAGGGAAAGACAUCGUCGUAUCGUGUGCUCGAUAAUGGUACGUUAGUCAUCAACCAUGUUAGCAUGUCCGACGAAGGUCGAUAUCGUUGUAUUGCAUCGAACCGUGGAGGACAAGACAAGAGAACAGUCGAUCUCGAUGUACAGUUCGGUCCAUCUAUAUCUACGAGUCUAGAAGACGAGGAGGUUCUCGUCGGAACGGAUGCGACCUUCACGUGUACCGCCGUUGGGGACCCGGCACCUACACUCGACUGGCACAAAAAUGGAUUAAUGAUAAGAGAUGGUAAUCGCUUUGAGGUAUCUGAUAAUGGGCACGUUCUCACCAUCAGACAAACGACUCCUAAUGAUGCUGGGGUUUACACGUGCGUCGCCAAGAAUACGGUCAUUCAUAGGAAGACGGACAUCGAGUUGGAUGCAAAAUCAUCUGCCAACUUGACAGUAAUCGUCCCUGCUCGUGCGUUCACGACGUCUUCUCUCGUGACGGUUGUGAAAGGCAAGAGUGCAGUGUUAUUUUGCUAUGCUAACGGCAUCCCGCCUCCCACGUUUGUGUGGUACAAGCGAAAUAAAGUUAUGCUAACCGACAAUGCUCGCGUUCUACUUACCAAUGGUUCCAUUACCAUCAAAGACGCGACUAUUGAAGACAGUGGUGAUUAUACGUGUGGUGCAACAAACAAAGGCGGAUCGUCCAAUGUUUCUAUUGCACUCGACGUUCACUUUCCUCCUCGUCUGUCGAGCUCACCGAGUGACGUGAGAAUAUUGGUCGGUAGUAUCGAUUUUUCUUGGAAAUGCAUCGCGUCAGCUAAUCCGUCAGCUGUCAUCUCGUGGGAGAAGGACGGCCGGCGUGUUGUGUCGAGUACGUCGGUGACAGUAGCAGGAAAUGGCGCGCAAUUGAUACUGAGUCAGGUUCGACCUUCUCACUCCGGUGUCUAUCGUUGUGUGGCCGAGAACUACUUGGCAGUCGCUGAUGCAUCCGCCUCGUUGUUUGUUAUUGUUCCAGCUCACAUCGAAGAUGGACCGGCUGUUGUAGAAGGAUUGAUGAACAAAUCUGUUGUCCUACCAUGUCACGUGACUGGGGUACCCUUUCCAGCGGUCGAAUGGUUGCAUGAUCGAGUGUCUAUCGAUGAGUCGCUGUCAAGUAAAUAUCGUCUCUUUUCCAAUGGAAGCUUGAGGAUAUUUCAUCUCAAGAAGUCGGACAGCGGUGUGUAUAGAUGUAUUGCAUCUAAUGAAGGUGGAAAGGAUUCGCUAGACGUUUCUCUCGACGUUCACUAUGGUCCGUCAUUUACAACAUCUCUAGCAGACAAAGAAGUGUUAGUCGGACAAACAUUUACUUUCGAUUGCGUCGCUACUGGCAAUCCUACGCCAAUCAUUAGAUGGUCUAUUUCGGGUGUGCCGAUAGAAGGCAACAGUGAGAGAAUAUCGGUUGCUCGAUGUUGUAUCGUACAUAACACUCAAGAAGGCAAUACACUGACUAUCACACAAGUUGAAGUAACCGAUGCAAGGACGUACACAUGUACCGCUCAAAAUGUCGUCGCCGACCAAGGGUCCAGGGUGAACAAGAGUCUAUCAUCAUCGGCCGACUUAUUCGUCAUCGUUCCAGCUGUCAUUACAUCUAGCCAGGUCGUGAUACGCCAGCUUGCCGGAUACGCGGCAACCUUACCGUGCACGGCUAAUGGCGUUCCGGCACCCACAAUCGAAUGGUCGAAGAAUAACAUUAGCAUUUUCAACACUUCGCGAUUUCAAAUUUUACCUUCUGGCUCGUUGCUCAUACACGACGUGAGCGAUAGUGAUUCUGGAUUUUACAGAUGUGGGGCAUCUAACAAAGGAGGAUCUGAUUUCCGAGAUAUUUUCUUGGAUGUCCAAUUCAAACCUGUGAUCGAAGAUUAUUCUUCUAGUCGGGUCAUCGUCAGCAAAUCUCCAGUCACAUUUUCUUGCACUGCAACAGGAAAUCCUAAACCACGUGUAACAUGGCGAGUUAAUGGCAUGCCAGCGAGUAACACGGACAAACACUCGAUAGACGAUGACACGCUGACCAUUCUGUAUACGGAUGCUGCCGACACGGGCUCAUACACUUGCGUCGCUCACAAUUCCGUCAGCAACGGAACCCAACUUAUCGACUUUUCUGUCGAAGCGUCGGCUAAUCUGACCGUUUUAGUUGCACCUAAUAUAUUUACAGAUACGAAAGUAGUGGCGGUCGAGAGGGGAGAGACGGUCGUUCUUCCCUGCAACGCAACAGGAAUACCAACGCCAGUAUUUUCGUGGAGUAAAGACGGUGACGAGGCUGAGAAUGGUAGACGAAAUGCAAUACAAAUGGAAGGAUUGAGAGUAGAGCGUGCACGAAGCGGAGACAGUGGUGAUUAUGUGUGUACGGCUAACAAUAGUGCGGGCAUCGCAAAUACCACCGUCACCCUCAACGUUCAUUAUCGUCCUUCGAUUACGUUUAUAACCAAGGAUGGUUGGCGUCUGAAGAACACUUUAUUAACAUUGCGAUGUGACGCAGAUGGCCACCCUCCUCCUGUUAUUAGCUGGACUUGGAAAGGAAGCGCCAUUACUGAUUCUGUGAAGGGUAUGACCGUUAGCGAUGGUGGACGAACAGUACAAGUUGAAAGGGUGACCGCUCGAUAUUCGGGAAAAUUUGUUUGUUCGGCGUCUAAUACAAUAGGCAUGCGAAGUGGGACCGUAAAAAUAGAGAUGAUGGAUCCGCCUCGCGUUGUUCUUGACAAGAAAGUGACUGUGAGAGAAAGGAGUGUCGCUAGGCUGACUUGUAAGGCGAAUGGUACUCCAACACCCGAAAUACGGUGGAUAAGAAAUGGUCAAUAUCAUAGUGGAAGUUCACUUACCCAAGAUGGGAUACUUGAACUAGAUCUAGGGACAGUAUCGAGACUAGACGGUGGCGUGUACACGUGUGAAGCCAAAAAUAGAGCUGGGAAAACAAGGAAGAAUACAACACUAGAUGUUUUAUAUCCUCCUCGCAUUAUUAUUGGUCCGGCGACGAUAGACGUGAAGGUAGAUCGAAGAGGAAACGUGGUGGAGCUUAACAACGUUACGUUUACGUGCAUCGCUGAGGGAAAUGAGCGUCCCGAGAUUACGUGGUACUAUAGAAAUGCGGUACUUCCAGCAGGACCGAUAGUGGAAUUCGAGGGACUCGAGAAUCCUCCGACUGCUAGUUAUUCUAAAGAUUUUAGUCGCCUGACAAUACAGGAAAUUCAUGCCGCAGUACUGUACACCUAUUCUUGCUCGGCAAGCAACAGUUUAGGCAGAGAUUUUGCUGAAGGAGAACUUAGAAGAGUCAAUGUUCGCUAUGGGAAUGUGAAAGGAUCUUGCACUCUCUUUUUAGACCUUCAAGCCAUUGUGUCAGUUACGGCUGAUGUUUCCAGAGCCACUUUGCCACUUACAACGACAACCCUUUACGCAGUCUUGUGGACUAUUUCAUUGCUUAUUUCGGCUGGACGGUGCACUACUCUUUGUCAACUGAGUGAUGAUGUUGGAGUGAUUAAUCGGCCAUCAUCACUAACAUUUGUAAUUGACAUAACCUCCAGUAUGAAGGAGGAUAUUGCUAAAGUGAAGAAAUCAACAAGUGCAAUUCUGAGAGAAGUAGUAGACAAACGAAACGUGCUAGUACAGAAUUUUGUACUUGUGCCUUUUCAUGAUGAAGAUGGUGUGAUUUCUCCUACAGUAACUGACAAUGUAGAUGAGUUUGAGGCUGCUUUAGGAAGGCUUACUGUUUACAAUGGUGGAGACUGCCCCGAGCGAAGUUUGGCAGGCUUGAAAAAAGCCGUGCAACUGAGCGGCCUAAACUCUUUUGUAUUUCUAUUUACUGAUGCUCCACCAAAAGAUUCAGAACUCGAGAAUGAAGUUGUAGAUUUGGUGCAGGCACUUAACAUUAAAGUUGUGUUUGUGUUGACUCGGGGUUGUGAUGAUGAUGAUACACGAUUUUCAGUGUACGAUGUCAUUGCAAAAGUAUCUAGCGGAGAAGUGUUUCCUCUCAAAGAUAAAAAUCUCAUUGAGCCUCUUCUGAACUUUAUCCGUGUCUCGGUUAGUGAUCAUCAAGUCAACUUGAUGUCUAAAACAGAAAUAUCGCUAGAGAGAACAUCUUUUGAUUUCUACGUUGAUUCCUGUCUUGAAGACUUGAUCGUGACUGUAACAUUAAGGAGAAUUCAAGGGCAGUCAAUGAACAGAUCACCAACGAUACAAAAAGUUGAUGUGUACGACCCAUUCAACAAUCAAUCUGCUGAAACGGUUGUGGAUUUGAAUGUAGCAAAAGUGAUUAAAUUUACAUCUCCAGCGAAAGGCUUGUGGAGAGUUUUCGUGUCAGUGAGAGGAGGUUAUGUGAGAGGAACUUACAUAAGAGGAUCUUACAAUAUUCGAGUUAGUGGUAGCUCUGUCUGCAAUUUUGAGCCAUCAUUUGUGUAUAGUCUUGCACCUACAGCAUUCUUCCGUCGUCCAGCUAAAGGGAAGUUAACACACGUGAUGAUGAAUGCAGUGAAGCCACCGAACCAUUCAGCUGAUAAAAAAUAUAUGUGCAGUUGUAAACGAGCCCAUGUUUCAAAAAUUAAACUCUUCAAGAGCAACGGUGACAACUUUAAGAGCACUGGCUCUCCUACUCAUGGGUUUCUUGUAAAGUGGGAUGUGUCAACCGUGUUUCAACUCAUUGUUGAUCAGCCGUUUCAAGGUCCGUUAGAACCAUUUCUGAUCAAAGUGGAAGGUACAGACGAAAACGGUGCUCAUUUCCAGCGUGUUUCCAGAACUAUAAUUCCUAGUCAGGCUGUACCGCCUGUUUAUCUGUCUAUUAACCACACCACGUAUUGGCAAGAUGAAGGCAAACCACUUGGAUUACCUUGUCAUCACCAUAUGGAUGAGUCGACCACAGUGAUAUGGAGGAAAUUAGAAGGAGCAAUUCCUGUUGUAUUGGAAGGAUCGAGAUAUAGGACGACAGGUGAUGGACGUCUUUACAUUAGCGACACAACAAGACAUGAUGCAGGUCAAUAUCAGUGCCAAGUAAGCAAUUUAGAAGGACACGCGUGUGGACAAGUAUUAGAAGUGAACAUUGCAACGGUUCCUGUCAUAGUAGAAGGUCCUCAAAAUGUCGUUACUGCUUCAGGGACUGCAGUCAAGUUCUCUUGUCGUGUUCAAGGAAUACCUGUGCCCAAUAUCACGUGGUUGGUUCGUAACAGAUUGGUUUCGUCCAAACAACUGUUGACUGAAAAAGACGUGAUUAAUGGGGACACAACAAUUAGCUUUUUUGAUAUAUCAAAUGUGACACCAAAUGACGAAGGGUCGGUGGUCUGUAUUGCUAGCAACACAGCUGGCACAAACAGAAAAACAGCCACGUUAGCCGUUCGAAAUGCUCCUCAAGUCUUUCUUUCUACUGAUUCAUUGCUUGUUCACGAGAAUGAAACAGCACGCUUUGUUUGCAGAGCGGAGGGACUUCCUCUUCCUACAGUAUCGUGGUAUCAUGGUGACAUUCUAAUGAAAGACAAAGUUUCAGGAUCACAAGCACAAAAGGAAUUGUCUUUCUUGCCUGCCAAGUUGUCAGACAGAGGAGAUUAUACGUGCAGAGGAAUUAACACAGCAGGCAUGGAUGAGAAGAAGGCAAAACUGGACGUAUUUUUGGCUCCCAUCAUGUUACAGGCUCCCAAUGAUCAGACUGUGCUUGUUGCACAAACAACAAAGUUUCAAUGUGUUGUCGAUGGGAGUCCUAAGCCAAGGACAUUAUGGAAGCACAAUGGAAUUAUGUUGAAUGGCAAUGGCAAGAAACCAGAGAACAUUGAGUUUUUCGAUGAAAGUGAAAUUCUCGUUAUACAAAAUACUCAGUUGUCAGAUGGAGGUGUUUACGAAUGUAUUGGGAGGAGUCCACUUGAUCAUGUUGAAGAGAUUAAGAGAGCGGCUUUGUUGACUGUUAUUGAUCCUCCACUUGUAAGAGCACAGUUUUCAUCGGUUUUUACUCUUUUGCAUGAAGAGAUUCGUUUGGUCUUUUUUAUAUCAGGCCAUCCUUUUCCUUCUGUCUUUUAUCAUCACAACAAACAAUCUUUACUGGAGGAUCAUCGUGUUGUUAUACACACGAAUGGUACGGUAGUAAUCAAGAAUGUCCAUAGGAGUGACGCCGGUGAUUACACAUUACUGGCAUCCAAUCCUGGUGGAAACAGCAGUGCCACAAUUAGACUCACAGUUUACUUUCCACCACGCAUAGUGUCUACUGUCAAAACGGUGAGUGGUCUUGAACACAGCAAAGUGUUGUUGCCUUGUGAUUCACGCGGCCGUCCUUCACCGAUUAUUGGCUGGUUACGAAGAAAUGUUACUAUUCUGAAUGAUGAAAGGCAUACAGUACAAGCAAACGGAACUCUUCUCAUUGAGAAACUUGAUAUUCGUGACAGUGGCAUGUACACUUGCAUUGCUGAAAACAGUUAUGGCUCUGCUUCACAUUCAGUGUUUUUAGAUGUUCACUUCGGACCGUCUCUAUCCGUUGUUCCGAGCACGCAAUGGGUGAUGGCUGGUGAUGAUGCGUCGUUUACUUGGAGAGUUGAAGGGAAUCCCUUGCCAAGGGUCACGUGGCUGAAAGAUGGAGAAAGGCUGAACGCUGGCGACGCUAGAGCAGUGACAUCGCGGCUUGGUGGAGAACUUCAUUUUAAGAACACUGCUACAAAAGCCAGCGGUGACUACACGUUAGUUGCAUACAAUAACGUGACGGAUAUGGGGCAAAACGUGAUACUGGAAGUAAGGCAGUCUGUUCAUCUUCUAGUUGUCGUUCCACCGACUGCGUCUGCUUCUUCACCUGUUGUGGCAGUUGAAGGAAACGAUAAGGUUGUUGAAUGUACUUCGAGUGGUACUCCCAUUCCUAAUGUUCAUUGGAUGAAAGACAACCGGCUAGUUACAGACGAUACCCUUGCAUUCAAUGCACUUCAGUUGAAAUCAGUUGAAGUGGAAGAUAGCGGUAUGUAUAUCUGUAUCGCCUCAAAUGUUGGAGGAAACGCAACUGUAUCAGUACAAAUCGUCGUUCAUUUUGCUCCUCGUGUGACGAGUUCAAUGAAGGACACGAGAGUGUUGGCUGGUGGUAACAUCACUUGGAGCUGCAAGGCGUUAGCUAAUCCAACAGCAGUUAUAUCAUGGGAUAAGGAUGGCCGUAACAUUGUGCCCAGUGCUUCAGUGAAAGUAUCAGAUGAUGGGACAGAGCUGUCAUUGAGCAAUGUUCAACCUCCUGAUUCUGGGUUUUAUCACUGCGUUGCUAAAAACUAUGUUGCAGCCUCCUAUAAGUCUGCGUCGUUGUUUGUAGUUGUGCCAGCUUUUAUUGAACAUGGUUCACGUGUGGUAGAAGGAUUGGUGAGCAGGUCUGCAGUGCUGCCUUGUCGUGUGACAGGCUUACCCUUCCCAACCGUCAGAUGGUUGCGUAAUGGAAAGUUUGUUGAUGAUUCACUGUCAAGAAAAUAUAAUCUCUUCUCGAAUGGAAGCUUACAGAUAUUUCAUUUAAGAAAGUCUGACGCUUCUGAUUAUCAAUGUGUUGCUUCUAAUGAAGGUGGAAAAGAUUCGGUAACUGUUUCUUUGGACGUUCAUUUCGGCCCUGUCAUCAAGCAGGCACAAAGAGUUCACGAAGUUCUAAUUGAGCGCUCCGUUUCUUUCAUGUGUGAGGCAACCGGCAAUCCUCAUCCAGUCAUCGAGUGGUACCGGUAUGGCAAAAGGGUAUCUGUUGCCAGUUUGCACACUGACAUAUCACAGAACGGAAGCGUUCUCUCUUUGAAAAAUGUACAAGAAAGAGAUGGAGGGAAUUACGUUUGCAGAGCAAAGAACACGGCAUCAGACAACGGACGACAUAUCAUACUGAUUGAUAGCGCUAACUUCAGCCUUUCUGUUAUAGUACCUCCUCGUGUUAUGACUGCUCGUGAAGAGGUUAUUGUGGAACAAGGAAAGAGUGAAGUGUUGGAAUGUGAUGUACGGGGAACACCAUCACCAUCUAUUGUUUGGCUGAAGGACGGUGUACGCAUAAGUGCGAGCGAUCGAGUAGAAAGUGAAAGGCUGACAAUAGAGUCUGCUCGUUUGGUCGAUGAUGGUGAAUAUACGUGUGUUGCCACCAACAAAGGUGGAAGCAGCAACAUCACCAUACGGCUAAUUGUACACUAUGCUCCAUCACUGACGAAAAGUCUUGAUGACAAAGACGUUUUGGUACAUAGCACUAUCACUUGGUCUUGCUCGGCGUCUUCUCUUCCUGCAGCUACAUUGUCUUGGGAGAAGGACGGCGUACCUCUUGUGUCGAACCAUCGACUCUCGAUAUCGUCAGACGGUACACAACUGACUGUCUCUUCUGUGAAGACGAGAGAUGCUGGGAGAUACAACUGCAUUGCAAGGAACUAUUUGGGUGAUGCAACUGCUUCUGCUCGUCUAUUUGUGAUCGUACCUCCCAAGAUUGUGUCUGCUGUUGACAAGGUCGAGGGUUUACUCAACAGUGUGGCAUCCCUACCUUGUUCUGUGACUGGUAUUCCAUCUCCUCGAGUGCAGUGGCAUCGUCUGCAGAGUUACAUUACAGACGAUGAGAAACACAGGACAUUGUCUGACGGAACGUUAGAGAUAAGAAAGUUGGAGCAUGUCGACACUGGCAGCUACACAUGUAUCGCUUCAAACAGAGGAGGUUCCGAUAGUAAAAAUGUCACUGUGGAUGUGCAUUAUGGUCCAUCAUUUGAACAGUCUCCAAAGGACUUGAAAAUUAUUGUUGGAAAGAACGCUUCAUUUUCUUGUGUUGCUACCGCCAACCCUAACCCAACUAUUAACUGGACUUUCGGGGGCCAUCAACUACCGGGUGGUAAUGACAGGAUAGGAACUUCUGAAGGAGGCGGUAAACUGACAAUCUCUAGUGUGGAGAGAGACGACGCAGGAAGUUAUACGUGUAAUGCUCACAAUAACGUCAAUGAUCAAGGAAAUUUGGUAACAAAGACGAUCACGUCAACGGCCAAGUUAGUUGUCAUUGUACCAGCUUUUAUUGAACGUGGUUCACGUGUCAUAGAAGGAUUGUUGAGCAGGUCUGCGGUGCUGCCUUGUCGUGUGACAGGCUUACCCUUCCCGACCGUCAGAUGGUUGCAUAAUGGAAAGCUCAUUGAUGAUUCACUGUCAAGAAAAUAUAAUCUCUUCUCUAAUGGAAGCUUACAGAUAUUUCAUUUAAGAAAGUCUGACGCUUCUGAUUAUCAAUGUGUUGCUUCUAAUGAAGGUGGAAAAGAUUCGGUAACUGUUUCUUUGGACGUUCAUUUCGGCCCUGUCAUCAAGCAGACACAGAGAGUUCACGAAGUUCUAAUUGAGCGCUCCGUUUCUUUCAUGUGUAAGGCAACCGGCAAUCCUCAUCCAGUCAUCGAGUGGUACCGGUAUGGCAAAAAGGUGUCUGUCGGCAGUUUGCGCACUGAAAUAUUGCAGAACGGAAGCGUUCUCUCAUUGACAAAUGUACAAGAAAGAGAUGGAGGGGAUUACGUUUGCAGAGCAAAGAACAGGGCAUCAGACAACGGACGACAUGUCGUACUGAUUGAUAGCGCUAACUUCAGCCUUUCUGUUAUAGUACCUCCUCGUGUUAUGACUGCUCGUGAAGAGGUUAUUGUGGAACAAGGAAAGAGUGAAGUGUUGGUAUGUGAUGUACGGGGAACACCAUCACCAUCUAUUGUUUGGCUGAAGGACGGUGUACGCAUAAGUGCGAGCGAUCGAGUAGAAAGUGAAAGGCUGACAAUAGAGUCUGCUCGUUUGGUCGAUGAUGGUGAAUAUACGUGUGUUGCCACCAACAAAGGUGGAAGCAACAACAUCACCAUACGGCUAAUUGUACACUACUCUCCAUCACUGACGAAAAGUCUUGAUGACAAAGACGUUUUGGUACAUAGCACUAUCACUUGGUCUUGCUCGGCGUCUUCUCUUCCUGCAGCUACAUUGUCUUGGGAGAAGGACGGCGUACCUCUUGUGUCGAACCAUCGACUCUCGAUAUCGUCAGACGGUACACAACUGACUGUCUCUUCUGUGAAGACGAGAGAUGCUGGGAGAUACAACUGCAUUGCAAGGAACUAUUUGGGUGAUGCAACUGCUUCUGCUCGUCUAUUUGUGAUCGUACCUCCCAAGAUUGUGUCUGCUGUUGACAAGGUCGAGGGUUUACUCAACAGUGUGGCAUCCCUACCUUGUUCUGUGACUGGUAUUCCAUCUCCUCGAGUGCAGUGGCAUCGUCUGCAGAGUUACAUUACAGACGAUGAGAAACACAGGACAUUGUCUGACGGAACGUUAGAGAUAAGAAAGUUGGAGCAUGUCGACACUGGCAGCUACACAUGUAUCGCUUCAAACAGAGGAGGUUCCGAUAGUAAAAAUGUCACUGUGGAUGUGCAUUAUGGUCCAUCAUUUGAACAGUCUCCAAAGGACUUGAAAAUUAUUGUUGGAAAGAACGCUUCAUUUUCUUGUGUUGCUACCGCCAACCCUAACCCAACUAUUAACUGGACUUUCGGGGGCCAUCAACUACCGGGUGGUAAUGACAGGAUAGGAACUUCUGAAGGAGGCGGUAAACUGACAAUCUCUAGUGUGGAGAGAGACGACGCAGGAAGUUAUACGUGUAAUGCUCACAAUAACGUCAAUGAUCAAGGAAAUUUGGUAACAAAGACGAUCACGUCAACGGCCAAGUUAGUUGUCAUUGUACCAGCUUUUAUUGAACGUGGUUCACGUGUCAUAGAAGGAUUGUUGAGCAGGUCUGCGGUGCUGCCUUGUCGUGUGACAGGCUUACCCUUCCCGACCGUCAGAUGGUUGCAUAAUGGAAAGCUCAUUGAUGAUUCACUGUCAAGAAAAUAUAAUCUCUUCUCUAAUGGAAGCUUACAGAUAUUUCAUUUAAGAAAGUCUGACGCUUCUGAUUAUCAAUGUGUUGCUUCUAAUGAAGGUGGAAAAGAUUCGGUAACUGUUUCUUUGGACGUUCAUUUCGGCCCUGUCAUCAAGCAGACACAGAGAGUUCACGAAGUUCUAAUUGAGCGCUCCGUUUCUUUCAUGUGUAAGGCAACCGGCAAUCCUCAUCCAGUCAUCGAGUGGUACCGGUAUGGCAAAAAGGUGUCUGUCGGCAGUUUGCGCACUGAAAUAUUGCAGAACGGAAGCGUUCUCUCAUUGACAAAUGUACAAGAAAGAGAUGGAGGGGAUUACGUUUGCAGAGCAAAGAACAGGGCAUCAGACAACGGACGACAUGUCGUACUGAUUGAUAGCGCUAACUUCAGCCUUUCUGUUAUAGUACCUCCUCGUGUUAUGACUGCUCGUGAAGAGGUUAUUGUGGAACAAGGAAAGAGUGAAGUGUUGGUAUGUGAUGUACGGGGAACACCAUCACCAUCUAUUGUUUGGCUGAAGGACGGUGUACGCAUAAGUGCGAGCGAUCGAGUAGAAAGUGAAAGGCUGACAAUAGAGUCUGCUCGUUUGGUCGAUGAUGGUGAAUAUACGUGUGUUGCCACCAACAAAGGUGGAAGCAACAACAUCACCAUACAGCUAAUUGUACAUUACUCUCCAUCACUGACGAAAAGUCUUGAUGACAAAGACGUUUUGGUACAUAGCACUAUCACUUGGUCUUGCUCGGCGUCUUCUCUUCCUGCAGCUACAUUGUCUUGGGAGAAGGACGACGUACCUCUUGUGUCGAACCAUCGACUCUCGAUAUCGUCGGAUGGUACACAACUGACUGUCUCUUCUGUGAAGACGAGAGAUGCUGGGAGAUACAACUGCAUUGCUAGGAACUAUUUGGGUGAUGCAACUGCUUCUGCUCAUCUAUUUGUGAUCGUACCUCCCAAGAUUGUGUCUGCUGUUGACAAGGUCGAGGGUUUACUUGACAGUGUGGCAUCCCUACCUUGUUCUGUGACUGGUAUUCCAUCUCCUCAUGUGCAGUGGCAUCGUCUGCAGAGUUACAUUACAGACGAUGAGAAACACAGGACAUUGUCUGACGGAACGUUAGAGAUAAGAAAGUUGGAGCGUUUUGACGCUGGCAGCUACACAUGUAUCGCUUCAAACAGAGGAGGUUCUGAUAGUAAAAACGUCACUGUGGAUGUGCAUUAUGGUCCGUCGUUUGAACAGUCUCCAAGUGACCUGGAAAUUAUUGUUGGAAAGAACGCUUUAUUUUCUUGUGUUGCUACCGCCAACCCUAACCCAACUAUUAACUGGACUUUCGGGGGCCAUCAACUACCGGGUGGUAAUGACAGGAUAGGAACUUCUGAAGGAGGCGGUAAACUGACAAUCUCUAGUGUGAAGAUAGACGACGCAGGAAGUUACACGUGUAAUGCUCACAAUAAAGUUAAUGAUCAAGGAAAUUUGGUAACAAAGACGGUCACGUCAACAGCCAAACUAGUUGUCAUUGUUCCACCUUCUAUCACAUCAACUGAUUCUGUUGUUCAUCAACUGGCUGGAUACAUUGCAAGCCUGCCUUGUGUGACUGCCGGUGAUCCUAUCCCUACAGUUCAGUGGCAAAAGGUUAACAAGAAGAACAUGUCAACUACUUCACGAAUGGAAAUUCUUUCAUCCGGAUCACUGCUUAUACGCCAUGUAGGUGACACAGAUGCUGGCAUGUACCGUUGUGUUGCCACCAAUAAGGGAGGAUCUGCUACUCUCGACGUCCUAUUGGACGUGCAAUUUGAGCCUGUCAUUGCAAACCGUCCUCUUACUCAAACGGUUAAUUAUGGAUCUCCCGUCACGUUUUCCUGUGCUGUGACGGGAAAUCCGAAACCAGACAUCACGUGGCUCUACAGAGACGUUCUCAUCAGCACUAGUGACAGAUAUUCAGUAAACGAUGGGACGCUAACCGUACUAGCCAGCAGUCUUGCUGAUAUCGGCUCUUAUACUUGCCGUGCUAGUAAUAUUGUUAGCAAUGGAACACAACUUGUUCACUUAUCAGUCAACGCAUCGGCUCAUCUCACUGUUGUAGACAAUCGUGAUAUUGUACCGAAGACUUUUACAAAUAAGAACAUUGUGAGAGUGGAGAAGGGAAAGGAUGCGUUUCUACACUGUAACGCAACAGGAAGACCGAGUCCCGUCUUCUCGUGGAAAAAAGAUGGAAGGGAUGUCGGAAACGGGAGGCGACAGGAGAUACCAUUUGAGGGAUUGAAAGUGACGCGUACACGAGUGACAGAUGCCGGCACUUAUAUGUGCAUAGGAAGUAAUGACGCUGGAAGCUCGAAUGUCACCAUAGUGUUGGAUAUUCUUUGUCGUCCGUCGAUCAAGAAUAUAUCAGAAAGCGAUUGGCAUAUGAAGAAUUCUCGGGUUCUUCUUUAUUGUGAAGCAGACGGCAAUCCUCCUCCUCUUAUCACUUGGUCUUGGAAGAAAGGACGCACCAUUACCAACUCUACAAAGGGAAUGAGCGUUCUUCAAGGUGGACGUUUCCUUGUAUUGGAGAGAAUGAAAGCUCGAUAUUCUAGUCGAUAUACUUGUACUGCAUCCAACAUAGUAGGAGCACGGAAGGAAGUUGUGCAAACGUUGAUGAUGGAGCGUCCUACCGUUAGUGUUCUUGACAAAGUGACGGUGAAGGAAAAUACUGCUGUACGUUUGCCUUGCAACGUCACCGGCAGUCCGGAACCCGAGAUAAGGUGGAUGAGAAUGAAAGACGGCGUUUACUUGCCAGAGCAUUCGGUCCGGUCUGACGGUGUGCUCGAGAUAGAGAAAGCAUCGAGGUCGUGGACAGGUAACUACGCGUGCGAAGCGCACAAUCGAGCAGGAAAAAGAAGAAAAGAAACGAAACUGGACGUUCUGUAUCCUCCUCGUAUUGUCACGGGACCGGGAAGAGUCGAGGUACCGGUCGAUCGUCGAGGCAAUGUGUUGCGCAAGAACGUCGAACUCUCUUGUAUCGCCGAUGGCAACGAGACUCCUACUAUUACUUGGUUCUAUCGGAACGCUCCUCUGGAACCUGGACCUAUGAUAUGGCAAAUAGAAGGACUCGAUUACGUUCCUGUGGCGACUAUUUCUAAUGAUAAAAACCGAUCUUUGCUAACGAUAGAAGAUGUUCACGAGCUCGUGCUACACGAGUAUGCGUGCAGGGCAGAAAACAGUCAGGGAAUUGACGUGGCGUACGGCAGACUCGUCAAGAGGUCAAACUCUUAGUUGGAGUCGAGAGAAAAAGGAAGGAAGAAUGCUCAACGACUUGCUCUUAGAUACUUUGUCACAUUACAUGCAUGGACUUGUAGCUAUAGUAGAGACACAAACAUUCUGAUAUCGUAAAGUUGUAGUAAUUAGGUAGCACCGUACAACGUUUCUACUUUUGAUGACUGUAAUUUACUGACUAUAGUUGUAUUUAACUAAUUAAAGUUAGUUGGGAUCAUACUAAAGAAAAUUUA